CUUUAUGGAGUGAGAGUCGCUCUGAACAGGUCUGUACUUGAGCAGUGAAGGUGUGGGUCUGACGCUCAGGUAAAUAAUUAGCACAGGUGCUCGAGCUUUCUCUUUCUUUACACGAGAACUUCAGCAUCAGCUCCAUCUGAGAGGAUUCCUCUGCCUUCAGCUCCGAGGACUGACUGGUGAGAGUCCACAGGAGCACAGCCCAGGGGUGUUGAGUCGCAUCGGGAGCUGGCUGUCGUGGGGUUGGGGCAGAGAUGACCCCAGCUCCCAAACACAGCAAGAGGAGGCUCCUGAGGAGGACCACAGAGAAACCAGCCACCCUGCUGGAGCAGACGACACAGACAGGCCUGCACUAGGUGAGAGCGUUCCAGCAGAGACAAGCCCAUCCCUCGAGCGGAAUGCCAAACAUCUGAGACCUGGCCGUGGAGGGGAGGACGGGACGGGCAGGAGGUCGAAAGGUCACGGGGACACCAGAGAAACCUGCAUAAAAACCAAACGCAGUCAGUCGUUCGAGAGGAGUACGGCACCGGAACUCUUUGAUCAAAUGGGCCGGAAGAGAUCUGGCAGAAGGAGGCGGAGCUCUCACGGAGAUGAGGGCGGAGCUCAAACUAAAUCCCCAACCAAUCCCCAACCUGAAAGCCCUGCAACAACCAGUUUGACGAGCAGCCCGCGGACAGCAUGUGCUGACUCAGCCGUUGAGGAGGCGGCAAACAGCCUUCAGGAGCCAAACUCAGGUAGACGUGAGGAUGUCGUCCGCGUGGAAUAUUUGGAAGCAAACCUGAGUGAAGAUUCGGUUGAGGUGGUUUGUUCAGAUAUGGACGAGGAACGGGUGGUGAGGCUGACGGAGAGCGCUGAAUCCAAACGCAGGAGCAUCAAAGUGUCUCACAGCGAGGUGGUCUUCGCUAAAAAGGUGGUGGUCACCUCAGAGGACCAAAAUGAAGACCAUAAUGUGGCUUUUAAAGACACUACGGACACCAAACGACCAAGAGCUGAGGAAACAUCAAGAUUUCCGGAAGACAGAGUGGACGGCACCAAUGUAAAGUCCAGUCAUAACAAGGCCAGAAUCGCAGACAAGAUCAGUCUGUUUGAGCGAGGAGCCACCAGUGCAGUCAGUAGCUCCACAAACCUGCGUCACCUGGAUAUUUCUUCAGCUCGAAAUGUGGCCAGUCGUUUCAGAGAUUUGACAGAACAUGCCGGAACACGGUCCAGUUCUGCACCUCCAAACCAAAUGGUUAAAGAGAGGGCGAAGAAUUUCAGCACGGGGAGGAGAGAGGAAGAGAAGCUGACGUUGACGUCCGGUCGUAUUCUGAACGAAGGACAUUCAAAAACGACUGAAAUAUCGUGUUCUGGACGUUUUGAAAAAUCUAUAGCAAAGACAGACACCAGUGGAGAGUCAAAGUUUAAAUCCAAACCUCAUUUAAAUAUAGAUCAACCUGACUCUAAAUCCUACAGUGCUACACCUGCAUCGUCUGAGAGCACAGGUGACUCAAGCAUUGGGAAUAAAAAGACGGAUUCUCUCCCGACAGUUUCAUCACCUACUGACAAGUCCCCGCAGGUGAAAUCACCAACCCGGACAGGCACAAGAUCUAAAAAACGUCGAGGCAAAGACCCGCUCAGCCCCACCAAACAAGAAAUGGGUCAAGGUAAACAGGAAGUCAAGGACAAACCUCUUGUAGAUGCAAGAGACGUUGUAAAGACCCCAGAGCAGAACACCUCUGAUAAAGAAAGACCCAACAAAAAACCCUCAGUCCCUCCCAAGUUGGAGAAAGCAGAAGAAAUUAUGCAAAGCACACAAAAGAAAUCUGACUCAAAGAAUGCUGACACAAAGCUUCCUUCAGAAGUGAAAAGCAAGGAUGAGAAGGAGAGUGAGAAUAGCGGUGACUUUGAAGCACAGAUAGUUGCCGUUGCUUCUGAUACAUAUCCUUCUACAUCCAGAAAGGACAGCUCAAAUAAAGAGAAGAUACAGACAGACAUUGACUCAAAAACGGAAGAGAAACAAAAAAACAGCAACAAAAAGCAGCACUCAGAAGGAGAGCAGGGAGACAAGCAGAGGAACAGAGCCGUGAUUGUAAACUCGUUGUUUGGAGAGUCAGGGAAACCAGAUCCAUCUGUGACAAAAGAAGAGAAACCACUGUCCCCAGAGGACCUGAAAGAGACCAGAUCUAAAGACUCCUCUGAGCCAGCCAAUAGCAGCGCUGCAACCUCCAGGAACAAUGCCAUGCCAAACUGUGGGAAUGAGACGGAUACACUGGUCUUACCUGAGAAACCAGUAAAUACCCCUGAAAAUACCCCAAAAUCGGCACAAAGACUGUCAGAGAUGAACCGAAAAAGUCAGGAAAAGGACUGUCUGACCAGUCAGAACCAGAAAAUUGACCUUGUUACAGAAAUAACUGAUCAUCUGAAAACAACUGAGACACACAAACAUAGUAAGGAAGUAAAAACAUCAAAGCCAACUGAGCUGAAAAUAGAACGUAAAUCAAAACAAGCUAAAUCAAAGGACAUCACCGUUGUGAGACAGAGAGACAAAACAAUUAUGGGAACCAGUCAAGGUAAAGAAACUCAGACUACUGAGAAAAACUCUGAAUUGUCCAAUCAGACUAUAGAAAACACCACUUCUACCAGCAAGACACCAGCAACACCAAACCCUGCACUGGUCAAAGACCAAAAUAAUAAAAUGGACACCAUAAUUUCACCUCAAAUUGCAUCUACAGAGGGAGGCGGUCCCAAUAGAGAUGGGCCACCCCAACAGAGCCAAUCACAGAGCAGAGAACAACAGAAGACAGAGACAUUAUCUAGUAAAAGGGAUUUACACCAGAAACAACAAAAGCCUAGCACUGAAACUAAAAAGGGAGGCACCAAAGAAACCAAGAGUAAAAUCACUGUCACAGAAAUGGCAUUCAUAGUGAAUGGCGAUAUUCACUCUGUAGAGACAGAAGAUGAGUUUUCUGACAAACCUAAGCAGUCUGGAAAAGAAAUACUUGGAAAAACCUUACCUGAAAUACCAUCCAAUAACGAAAGUCCGUCUCUGAGCUCAUUUUCAUCUGAAGCCACUGCAGCGUCCACUGAGCAGCCUGGACAGGUCAUUAAAAACUUUACCGCUAAACCAGCCUCAACAGAUAAUACUCUAUCAAACUCAGCGAAUAAAAAAACAACUAAUGAAAAGACCAGUCCUACAGCGGCCUCACCCAACGAGAAAACCUCUACUUUACCUGCCUCAACUAAAGAAAAGACUACACCUCCACCAGCAACAACAUCUGAGACCAUCUCUGCUUCAUUAGGCUCCAGUGAUGAUGAGAAAAAACCUCGGCCUGCCUCAACAAAUGGGGUCAUGUGCAGUUUACCAGCCUCAACUAAUGAAAAGAAAACACCUCCUUCAGACUCAGCUGAUGGAAAGACAUUGGAUGGAAAGGAUACAUGUCUACUAGCAUCUACCGAUGAAAAGAUUGCACAUUCACCAGCCUCAUCCAAUAAAAAGAAGAAGCGUCCACCCUCCUCGACUAAUGAGACAAUCUCUGCCUUGCCUGGCUCAGCUAAUGAAAAGACCACACAUUCUGCAUCAUCAACUGUAGAGUCUACCUCCACUUCAUUAGGCUCUGAUGAUGACAAGACCACACCUCCAUCAAACUUAACUAAUGAAAUUACUACAAUUCCACCUACUUCAACUAAUGAAAAGACCAAAUCUUCAUUAGACUUGGCUAGUAGAAAGACAAAUAAUGAAGAGACUAUGACUCCACCGGCCUCUACCAAUAAGUCAACUAAUGACAAGUCCAAACCUUCAUCAGCUUCAACUAAUGACAAGACCACACCUGCAAAAUCCCUGACUAAAGAAAAUGCUGUACUUUCACCAGCUUCAACCACUGAGACGAUCUCUGCUUCAUUAGGCUCCAGUGAUGAGAAGAACAAACGUCCACCAGACUCAACCAAUCCAGCAGUCUCUACUGAUAUCACUACUAAAAAUGAGAUGACCACACCACUGCCAGCGUCAUCCUCCUUACCAAUAACCUCUAUGAAUGGAGAGAAUAUAAUUCCAAUUCCUUUAUCUAAAGAAAAGACAAAAUCACCACCAGACUAUGACAGUGGAAAGACCACACCUUCUCCAGAAUCAGUUAAUGAAAAGCCUUCAGCUCUUGAAGUCUCAGCGAAACAAAAGAUCUCCUCCAGUAAAUCUAUAGAUCCAUCCACAAGAAAAAAGGAAUUUGUCCUCAAACCCUUUCUCCUUCCACAAAUCCCCAAUGCACGCAGCAGCUCCUCCCAGAGCAGGGACUCUCCAUCUAGCUGGCUUGAUGUGGAUAACCAACGUCCCGUAAGGAAGAAGCUGUUGAUUCCAGAUCCCAAGCUGAGCUCCUCCGUGAGCGAGACCAACCUCCUGAACACAUCGGGAGAGUUUGACCCAGAUGACUUUGUUGCAAAUGUGAAAAGGCUAGCAAUGCCAUUCAAUCUUCCUCAACGCAAACACAACAAACAUCGCCUGCAAACACCUCCGUUUGCCAUGCCUGCCAUAAAAGAAGACCGCUUUGAGAAACCCUUUGAUCCGGAGGAGUUCCAGUAUGGCUUGAGGCGAAGAAAGGAAUUUACUCUGGAUCUGGCAACCAGUUCGACAUCCAAGAGUCAAGCCACGAUAGUCAAGGAGGUGGACACCAAACCUAAGCGAGAGAGCAUCCUCACAAGGUCCCUGAUCUUCCAGAGAGCAAGGAAGGAGUCUGAAAAAGAAGAAGGAGAAAAUAUGGAGGAAUCAGUUGAAAAUACAACAGAACCACUGAAGGCAAAGUCUCGUUUAGAGAGGUGCUCUAUUGUCAGCAUUCUACGCAGCCCCAACAAAGUGAGACGAAUGGAGUUUUUAACCCCCACUGAGUGUCCUUCAGAUGGGCUGUUAUCCCCCAUCGAUGGUUCUGGGUCUACAGCACCUCCGCAAUCACGACUAGCACCUACUACAGAACCACCUACACUGGUCCCAGUAGAGGAAACCUUUGCUAAGAAUGACAGCCGUGGUACCCAGUCUGGUUCUUAUGUUAUUCUGAAACCUAACAAGGACAUUGGGUCUGCCGUGACACCUGACCUCAAAACAACUUCAAGAGACCCCACAGUCCCUAUUUCAACAGACACAAACAUUACCUGUCCUCCCAGUGGUACCCAGACUGGUUCCCAGGUUGUACCGAAACCCACAAAAGAUGAUGGAACUACCCUGGCACGUGACAUGAGAACAAAUUCAGCAGACCCUCCAGUCACCAUGUUAACAGACACUAAUAUUCUAAAACCCACCAAGGAUGAUGGACUUUCCAGGACAUCUGACCUCAGCACAGCUUCAGGAGACACCACAGACACUAUGUUAACAGACACUAAUGCUCCUUCUCCCAGUGGAGCCCAGACUAGUUCCCAGUUUGUAUCAAAGCCUAUGAAAGAUGAUGGACCUACACUGCAACCUGACUUGAAAAGGACUUCAUUAGACCCUCCAGUCACCAUGUUAACAGACAUUAAAGCUCCUCCAACAUCUAGUUAUACACAAUCUGGUUCACAGAAUGUUCUAAAACCCAUCAAUGAUGAUAUACCUGCUAUGAAACCUGACCUCAGAACAAUUUCAAGAGACCCCACAGUCAUGUUUACAGACACUAAUGCACAACCACUUCUCAUUGGUACCCACACUAGUACUGAUGUUGUUCUGCAACCUGAUGGACCGACCCAGAAAACAACUCCAGUGGAGCCUACUGUCACUAAAGUACCAGAUGCUAAUGCUCCUCCACCACUUCCUUCCUUCGAUGACAUUAAGUUGCCUAGUGUCCUGGAGGAAUUUCUUCCAAAGAAACCUGAGAAUGCUCAGCCAUCGAAUAAGAUCAACCCACUGGUGGCUAGAGAAAGUGCUUCCACGCCUGGUCUAGUGGAUCUAAAUAAGGCUGUUGAUGAAGCUGAUGGGAAGGUCCCAGAAGAUAUUAUUCCACCCGCACAUGUAGUUCCAGCGGCUCAAAUCCCUCAAGCUAAACCUCAAAGAGAACUACCAAAUAUUCCAGCUGUUCGUGGAAUCCACCGGCGACCUGGAAAGAUUGUGAUAUUUGAGCACCAUCACUUCAGUGGACAGUCCUUUGAGUUCUACAGGGAUCAACCUGAUGCCACACACAUGCAACUGUCCGGUGUCAUAUCAAUUAAAGUGGUCAGAGGAUGCUGGAUACUUUAUGAGAAACCAGGAUUUGAGGGA